AUGCAACAAACACAAAACGCUCCAGAGGAAGGCGACAAUUCGGAAGGUAGAACAAUGACUGCCGACGAAAAGAAAAAACAAAGAGAAGCUAAAAAGAUGGAAAAGAAACAAGCAAAGGAACAAAAAGGUGGAUUGUCUAAAGAGGAAAGAAAGAAAUUGUUUGAAACAAACGAAAAUAAUAAGAGACAAGAACGAUUAAAAGCCAAAGAAGAAGCAGAAAAUAUCACCACUCCGACAAUGCCAUCAAAUGUUACGAAUAAUAGUACCAACCCAACAACAAGUCAACAAACAAACGCUUCCGAUCAAAGGUUGAGAGAAGAAAACGAGAGAUUAAAGAAGGAAUUGUUACAAAGAGACAAACUUUAUCUAGAUUUGAAGAAGAAAUAUCAGGAAAAUAGAAUUUCUUCUCACUUGCCAGAAUAUCAACCUCCAAAACAAACAGAAAUCAACACUGGAAAACUUCAUCCUCAAGUGAUUCAACUCGGAAUUCAAUAUGCAAGUGGUCAAAUUACUGGAUGCAAUGCUAGAACUCUUGCUAUGUUCACUGUUUUGAAACAGCUUGUUAAUGAUACUGAAAUUCCUGAAGAUAAGCAAUUCAGUAGAUGUUUGGAUCCGCUUGUUUCUUCUGUAAUUGACCACUUAAAACAAUGUAGACCAAUGAGCGUGGGAAUGAAAAAUGCUUUGAGAAGAUUUAAAUAUUGUUUGCAUCAAAUUGACAAGGAAUCUUACAUUCGUACACAUCAACAGAGAAAAGAAGCUCUUUCAGAAUAUGUUGAUAGAUAUAUUGAAGAACGUAUUUCAGUUCCUGAAAAAGAAAUUGUUAAGAAAGGAGUUAAUGGUAUUAAGGAUGGUGAUACAAUUUUAACAUAUGCACUAAGUGAGGUUUUAGAAAAAAUGAUUAUAGAGGCUGCUCAAAGCAAGAAAAUAUCUGUAAUUGUUGUUGAUAGCAGACCAAAGAAUGAAGGUAAAGAGCUCGUAAAACGUUUGACAAGAGCUGGUGUGAAAUGUUCGAUUGUUCUCGUUAAUGCUGUUACAUAUGUCAUGAAGGAUGUUUCAAAGGUGUUCUUGGGUGCAAAUUCAAUUUUGUCCAAUGGUAAUGUUUAUUCACGUGUAGGUACAGCUGUUGUUGCCAUGACUGCAAAGGCUUUUAAUAUUCCAGUGGUUGUUUGUUGUGAGACAUACAAAUUUAGUGCUCAUUCUCAAUUGGAUUCCAUUACAACUAACGAGUUGGGAGAUCCAUAUGAUUUAGUAGAUUUAAGUACAACACCUCAAAGACACCACACUGUUAAUUAUUUGUCUAGUAAUGAAAUUGGACAAUUGGAGGUUGAAGGAGUAACCAAGUUUGAUGACAAGGAAACAGUGUAUAACAUGGAAAAUUUUGAAUCUAUUCCUAACCUUCAUAUCGUAAAUUUAACUUAUGACCUUACUCCUUGUCAUUAUGUAGAUAUGGUUUUGUGUGAAUUUGGUGCUAUUCCACCAACAUCUGUUUCAGUCAUUUUGAGAGAGUACGUCGAUUAUCAAUAAAUUAUUAUUAUUUUU